AUGAGGGCGGUUAUAUCUCACAUGAUUAUGGUUCAUGAAUUGCCAUUUUCGUUUGUUGAGUAUGAACUCUUCAACAUAGUCAUGCAAUCUGCAAGUCCAUAUUAUGAGCGAAUUGGUCGAACAGCAACCACAAAAGAUUGUUGGUCAACUUAUGAGCUAGAAAAGAAACGAGUACAAGAAUUGUUGAAUUUAGUUGACAAAAUUAGUAUCACAACUGACAUAUGGACAUCAAAUCAGAACAUUCAAUACAUGGUGAUAACUGCUCAUUUUAUGGACAUGGACAGUAAGUUGCAGAAAAGAGUUAUAAACUUUGUUGAAGUGCUUCCCCCGCAUACCGGUACAUGUGUUUGUGAUGCAAUAUACAAAUGUUUGCAAGGAUGGGGUAUUGAAGAGAAAGUGUGGACAAUUACAGUGGAUAAUGCUUCUUAUAAUGAAUCAGCUGUGAGGUUGUUGCAUGACUCUCUUUCUUUUCAUACAACUUUGCCACUAGAAGAUGGCCUUUCUGAGAUUAAGUCUAUCAUUGAAAAUGUCAGAGAUAGUGUCAAGUGGAAUGUAACAUUUGCUAUGUUGUCUUGUGCUUUGGAUUUCAAGCAAGUAUUUCCUCGGUAUCAACUUCGAGAUCCAAAUUACAAAUGCUUGCCUUCUGAGGAUGAUUGGCAAAGAGUUGAAGAGAUUUGCUCUUUAUUGGUGCAUUUCAAUGAAGUUACUAAAAUUAUCUCAGGUUCUGAAUAUCCAACAGCAAAUUCGUUUCUUCCUGAACUAUAUAGCAUCAAAGAAAUUCUCGGUCAAAAGUCUAAAAGUGUAGAACCUUGGAUGAAAAACAUGGGCCAAAGGAUGCAGCAUAAGUUUGACAAAUAUUGGGGUAGUAGCAAUCUAUUACUUUCUAUUGCUGCUGCUUUAGAUCCUAGAAAUAAGAUGACAUUUAUUCAAUUUGUUUUUCCAGUCAUUUAUUCUGAAAAGGAAGCUACUACACAAAUUUGUAUUGUUCAUGAUGCUUUCUUCAAACCAAUUAAUGGAAAAUGA